GUUCACGGACAAAAAAAAACAAACACGUAUUUGUGUGUGUGUGUGUGUGUCCCUGUCUGGGGGUCGAGGAGGCCUGGAAUCACUCUUUUAUUUCAUUCUAUUCUUUAUAUCUGUGGUAUUAUAGUGUAACAUGACUGAUACGGUCCAGUGUUAAGCCAUUCAUCAUAAAUAAUGACAUUACUGUCUUAAUGAAAAGUGCUAAAUCUUCUUCAGUAAUUGGACGGAAAUUAAAUAUUCAUUAGUUCAUGUGUAAUUUGAAAAUAUAAUUCUUAACGAUUGUUAAAUUCUUUCCAACAAACGCUAUGGAUAUACAUAAUAGGAGAUCUCUCCUUUGAAUUGGUUUAUUGGAUCAUAAUUGGAUGUACUGAUGUCUUAAUUGGAUUCAACAAGAUCGAUGGGGUCCUUCUCAUGUCUAGAUCUGGCCCGUUGACCGAGUCGUCAAAUUGGAGAGUCCAGCAAAUAAAAACAAGACAGACAAACAGAAAAAAAAAACAAUAUGUGGUAACUUCAUCUCCUGGCGUGGUCCCACUCUAACAUUAACAGACUGUAGACCUAAUCCCAACACUCGGGCUUGGCAAGAUGAAUUAAAGUCAAAAGUUGUGAGACAAGAGCAAGUAACUGAAAUCAUGGCGCAAUAGCACACUGAUCGGCCUGCUCAAGUUUGACUAGUCAUAUGGAGUCACUUGUCUAUAGACGGACCUGUCAAAGUCAGACCUGUCACAUAGAUGCAGCUGUCACAGUCUGGCCUGUCUCAUAAGACUCACUCGCCGCACAGACUGAUCUGGUUUUUGCAUGCAAUGUUUCGCUUGUGACAUGCUUGUCAUAGUGCUAGUGUUUCGGUCGUUGUAGCUUUUGCUUGAAAAACACACAAUAUUCCGUAUUCUAUGAUGUUUCAGCUGAAAAGUGGCUUUUAACAUUUUGUAACAAACAUUUAAACUCUAAUGUGUCAAAGCAAAAACUAACACAGUCUGGAUUAACUAUUAGCCAAGCUAAGGAACAAACUUUCCUUGACAGUACUACUCUAUUCAUUUCACAAUCUUGUUUCUGUAUCGUCUCCAAAAGUGUGGCCGCUACGUAAAGGAUGUGGUCACUGUAAAUAAACUGAUAGACCUGAAUUCCGCCAUGGACUGUGUAAUAGUACAAUCAGUGAUGAACUGGAACAUUUGACAUCACUUUGAAAUGUCUGACAGCAUAUAAACGUGUUUCUAUAAGAUGAUAAAAUGUCAAUCUGUACAAUCUUCUUCACUUAUUAUGCUUAUCAUUUCAACGUAGAUGGAGAUUAUCAUCUAUGGCGGGAAACUGUACGUAGCUAGCUAAUUGGUGUAUCCGGUGUAUAGAAUAUAAGAUGUGUUUAUUAUCUUUGUAUUUUUAAAGGUAUAGUAUGCAAUAAAUGUGUUCACUUUUCAGCAGUGCAAAAUUAUAUUUCUUAGCUGUUUGGCUAGUACAAUAAAAUAACUGUCUGUAUUUAGUUGGAAGCAGUCAUCUUAUUGGCAUUGAAUACAAAUUCGUGACAAUCUCAAAUGCAUUUUCAAAUUUGCUGUAGAAGAACUUUGUAACUGCUUUAUCUUUAAAAUAAAAAGGGCAGUUCAGAAGAGCAAAAUUUUUAUAGUAUCUCCCAUUUUGACUCCACAUUGAGCCAUGGUCCAACAGCAGUAUUUUGUGCCUGACUAUAGCAAUCGAACUUUCCACAACAUCGUCCAGUCAAGUCCACUGCUUGACCACUGUGAGCAAAUGUACAACGAUACUGGCGCCCUCAACAGUAGCAGAGAGAGUUUUCUGAAGGAAUGCAUGAGCAGGAUGCAAGGCAGCCGCGUCAGCUACUUCAUCAUCAUACCUUACCUGGUCAUCUUUCUCCUGUCCGUCGUGGGUAACGUCCUGGUCAUCCUGACUCUGGUCCGACACAAGAAAAUGAGGACCAUAACAAACAUGUACCUCUUGAACCUGGCAUUCAGUGACCUACUUUUGGCCUUGUUCUGCAUGCCCUUCACCUUGAUACCAAUGCUAAUGCAGAAGUUUAUUUUCGGAUCUGUCGUCUGUUUCGCAUUACGUUACGUUCAAGCUAUAUCUGUAGGGGUCAGCUGCGCAACUUUGGUGGCCAUCUCUAUGGAAAGAUUCUACGCCAUAUGCCAGCCACUGAGGUCCAGAAAAUGGCAGACGCUAAAACACUCCUACCGAGUAAUCAUGGCGAUCUGGCUGUCAGCAAUCAGCCUUAUGAUACCUAUAGCUGUUUUCAACAAAAUUAUUAAACUUAAAAAUGGGGACGAAGCCUGCAGGGAAAUUUGGCCAAAUCACCUCCUGGAGUCCAUGUACACAGUCCUACUGGACGUAGUGCUUCUAGUUAUACCAUUAUUUCUAAUGGGGUUCUCCUACGCCAGGAUAGCUAAAGAGUUGUGGUCAGAUGUCAGCAUCUCAUCAGGGGAACCUAGCAGUCCUUUGUCUGAGAUACUGGAGAUGCUGCCGUGUUCCAGGGGUAUAGAGUCAGAUACCCAGAGAUACGAGGGCAAAGAGAAGCAGAACGGCUUCACUACCCCCAUUCAUCAGUCGCCCCUGAUACCAAAUAGGCACAUUGCCAGAAGUGUAUCCAGCGAAUCUUACAAUAGCAAGAACCAGGUCCAGGUGCUGAGUCCAGCUUACAACUGCCGAGUGCUGGCCAACAAGAAGAGAGUGGUGAAGAUGCUCUUCGUGGUGGUUCUGGAGUACUUCCUCUGUUGGACUCCACUCUACCUGUGCAACUCAUGGGCCACCCUGGACUACAACAGUGCCCGAAACACCAUAUCCCCGCUGACCAAAACGGUCAUUCUGUCCCUCUCGUAUCUGUCGUCCUGUAUACACCCCAUCACCUACUGCUUCAUGAACAGGCGGUUCCGCCAGAGUUUCGUCGACGCCUUCAACUGCUGCUCCAGGGGCCGGCAGAAGGGAAACGCCUUUUACAGCGAGGCAUCGCAACAUAAUGGUAGCAUCGCCCAAGUGAAUAAGUCUACCAUGUCCAAACAUAGCAAAGUAACCUGGAAGCGACAUCGUUAAUCUAAACUGUAUCGCAUAAUCUGCUCAAAGUUCUGAAACAAUAUACACAUAUACUAACAUUGUUUCAAGAAAACUAACUAUGUUCUUGCUUCUUAAAGAGCCACUGUUUAGGAUGUCUUUUCAAAUGAUUAAAUGAUUGUCUUAAUCUUAUCGUUAGAUUUUCAGGAUGUUAUAUUAUUAUAUUUGUAUACAUAACACAAGUUUCGAUUUCAUAUUUUAGUAACUUAAUGUUUCAAAUUAAUGUCCAACAUUAUUAAUUAGUUUAUGAAAACAUUACUAUAAUAAUUCAUGAUUAAACUGGUAUGAACUGGUCUUUAAUGAUAUCCAUUGUCUUGGUGAAUUUCAGUUUGAAGUUUCUUUAUUAUUGUUGUUGUUGUUGUCAUAGAGCAUGCCAUGAAAGCAAAAAUAAUAUAUAUAUAAUAUUGAGGAUAAUAUUUUGUUAAACUAUUAAAUAUCAAACUAUUUUAUUGUCCAGAGAGAAUAAGUAAAUAUUUCACUUAUUCACUUAUUGAAUCUAUGUAACAACAGCAAUUAAAACAAACAAAAAAAGCUGUUCAAAAUACUAAACAAGUGUACGUUGAGAUAUGGCUAAAACAUAAUAUCAAACAUUUACGUAAGUCUGUCACGUCAUGUUUAUAUGUUUCACUAAAACUAAGUUUCCUUUGCGCUUCUAUUUUCCUGUAGCAUGGAAUUAAAAAAUAACAAUUUUUUAAAGCGUUUGGAUGGAAAACCUACAGAGGCAUCACCUAAAACACGAUAUGGACGAAAUGUCCACUACAUUGAUGUGUAGCUGAAACAUGUUUUAAAAAAGCGAACUCCUAAAGUAUGUCCUGGUCAAAUGAGGCAGCAGACCAGCAGACAUCUUCAAACGUCAUCUGGUGCAUUGUAUUGGGAAAAAAAAACAAGAUGAGAAACUGGCACACGAAAUCAUUGGUUGACAAAAUAAAUAACCGGAUCUCGGGUUGAAGGAGAAACUUAAGAUGGUAGAGAGAAACUAGGUCAAAUAAUGAUCUCAAUACUUAAUGCCCGUACACGCCAGUACAUUACGGCACUAGUUUAUGUAUUUAGAUGUAAUAAACGUCAUCUUCAAUGUAGGCUAGCCAUAAAUACCUCUCAAUUUGUAGACUAGCCAUGAUUGCCUCUCAAGUUGUAGGCUAGCCAUGAUUGCCUCUCAAGUUGUAUGCUAGCCAUGAUUGCCUCUCAAGUUGUAGGCUAACAAUGAAUGCAUACCAAGUUGUAGGCUAGCCAAGAUUACCUCUCAAGUUGUAGGCUAACAAUGAAUGCAUGCCAAGUUGUAGGCUA